AAAGAGAGGCGGAAAUGGAUGGCGGAGCUGAAAGGCGGCGGCGGGACUGUGUGGUUAUGGUGCCUGCCCCCUUCCAAGGGCACGUAACCCCUAUGCUGCAACUGGGACAUAUCCUUCACUCAAAGGGCUUCGCCAUCAUAGUCGCUCACACUGAAUACAAGGCACCUGACCCUUCAAACCACCCUGACUUCUCCUUCCACGGCUUGGCAGAUGGAUUGGACGCCAGUGAUAGUAUAACUGGAGGCAGAGGACUGGAAAUGCUCUAUGCCAUGAAUGAGAAUUGUAGGGUACCCCUCCAGGAGUAUCUGGAAGAGGAAGGGGAUGUGGUUUCUUGUAUCAUCUAUGACAACAUCAUGUUCUUUGUUGACCAAGUCGCUGCUGCUCUCAAUCUGCCCUCCAUCGUUUUACGCCCCUUCAACGCUGCUUACUUGCUUGCUCUGCUCCAUAUUCUUGAAAAUGCAGACUCUGUUUUGCCAGUUCCAGAGUCAAGGCUACAGGAUUCGAUUCCGGACCUUGAUCCCUUGAGGUAUCAAGAUAUUUACACCCAUCUAGAGAAGGAAGAAGUAAGGCGUUUCAUGUUGACUACAAACGAUAUAAGAUCUUCUGUGGCCAUAAUAUGGAACACAGUGGAGGUUCUUGAGCAUACAUUGUUGUCAAGGCUUCAACAACGUUACAAAGUCCCCAUCUUCCCAAUAGGCCCAUUUCACAAGAUUUCUCCAGCUAGCAAAACUAGCUUGAUAGAAGAAGAUGAAAGCUGCCUCACAUGGUUGGAUACGCAAGCUCCUCAAUCCGUCCUCUUCGUAAGCAUAUCCGGGAGCUUAGCCGGGAUUAAUGGAAGUGAUGUUGAAGAGAUUGAAUGGGGUUUGGCCGAUAGCGACCAACCGUUCGUGUGGGCAAUCCGUCCCGGUUCAAUCGAAGGGAAAGAGAAGCUCCUUGAAGACUUCAAGAAAAGAACUAUUAACAAAGGACGGGUAGUGAAAUGGGCACCGCAGAAGGAUGUAUUGGCUCAUGGCUCUGUGGGUGGAUUUUGGAGCCAUUGUGGUUGGAAUUCUACUUUGGAGUGUCUUGGAGAAGGCAUCCCAUUGAUUUGUAGACCGCACUUUGCUGACCAAUUGGUCAAUGCCAGGUUAUUGGUCCACAAAUGGAAGGUUGGAUUGGAGUUGGAAAAGAUGGAGAGAGGUGUCAUUGCAGAUACUAUCAGAAGACUCAUGGUGGGAGAUGAGAGGAAAGAGUUGAAGAAGAAUGUCAUGGAAAUAAAGGAGAAACUUGAUGAUUGCUUUAAGAAAGAUGAAGGCACUUCAUAUAAAGCACUCUCAGAACUUACAAACUUCAUUUCUUCAUUUUCACUUUUAGAUUCAGAUUGUGGGGCAGUUAUAGCAAAUUUGAGUAAUCCAGCAUUCUCCUAGAUUCUAGUUUUUUUAAAGAUCCUACAUCUAUUUAAAAAAUAGUAAUAAUGUUACCAUUUCGUGUAUUUUUGUUUCACAUGUUUUGUAAUCAAAAGUAAAUACGGAGUAGAUUGUUUUGUUUAAACACAACCAUCCAUCCAUUUUUGAUCA